AUGGAAAGGCUAGAGCACGAGUAUUACUGGGGAGAUCAUCAACGAGCAGACAAGAUGCUCAGAGCGUUCAACGCAGUGUACGGCGGCGCAAACCCUACGCAACAAGAACGGGACAACAUAACCAAUAAUGCCGUCAACAUUGUCGGUGGGAAACGUGCUAGAUCUCCGGACGGACAAGAAAACAUACAAGAUGUAGUCCAACGUCCAAGAACCGAGUCGCUAAUCCCAGGCGGAGAAAGCGAGAGCGACGGGGAGCAAGCCCCAGCCCAGGAGAAGAAGAAAGAUCCGGAAGCCAAAAAGGUUGUGACGAAGAGGAAGAAAGCUAUCGAGCAGAUGGACCUCUCUAGCGACAAAGACUCAGGGAGUAGUGGCGACGAUGAUAAUGAAACGGAAGAAGGUAUUACCUAUAUGAUAGGAAAACCGAUAGAGGGAUCGAUACUGCUGCCUUUAACCCCGUAUUUCGAAAACAGGAUGAAAAAUCUGAAAGCUUACGUUCAGUUAACGGUUUUCGACCCUGCAUGGAUCGAAAGCGAUCACCGUCAAGUAGGAAAGAAGAAAACAAAAUCCCUGAAAGAAUUACAAGAGGAUGACUCAACGGCUACUUACUCAGGACUAACACCCCCAGAAGAGUUACUAAUGACUUACGGGGCGUGGACGGACGCAAUUGAUUUAUUCAUAAAGUAUGUCGAGACCGAAUACAAUAGACCAGCCGCCGCGAAAAUGUUCAGACGCCACAGAGAUAACGUGCGGAAGAUAAGGAGUUCAACGAAGUGCUGGAUGGUGGCUUUAAGAUACUGCAUGAAAGUAAGGCUGGUCGUCAUGGUGGUAAAGAAGAAGGACGGAAAGAGGGUCAUGAUCGACGCAGGACAUCUUCACGAAGAAAUUUUACGCGAGGCAAAAGACGAUGCGGACAAUAACGGGGAGAGGAAGUUCCUCGAGAACCCGUACGUCGCAGGCGGUGGAAAAGAAUCGAUUGACCCAGUUACGGGUUUGACAAAGUCAAGUGCGAAACGCAACUUCGCAUCCAACAACGGAGGUUCGACAAGCCAUGCUAACAAAGAGACCGGCUUACCCACAAACGUUGUUAUGUAUACAGGGAGUUCGUCGGCAAACUUGAGCGAACCCUGGGGCAAACCAGCCGGCGCGGGUUACCAAGGUAGAAAUUUCAUCGAGAACUUCAGCUCUUUCAAAAAGGCAAACGGUACCUGGAACCCGGGGAAGAAGACCGACGCAAACCAGGUUUUUGGGGCUGACGGAAACGGAAAAGGGAAAGUCCAGUACAAGGGAAGAGGUGGCGGUAACGCAGGUACCGGGAACAGUAGCACUGGUAACCACACUGAAGCUGAAAAGCACUGUGAUCCCACAUGA